GAUAAUGGAAAGAAAAGGGUAUCGUCGAAAAAAGAAGAAUAGGAACAGCAACUUGAGCGACACUUUUUACUGAAAACAAAAUUGUACGACCAGCUUCCUUUCUGAUCAAGACCCAAAAUUUCCCAUUUCACCCCACUGAGAAUCUUGAUCCCCAAUGCUCAUGUGGGUUUCUCCCAAAUCGCUCUCUUUCCCACUCGCCACUACCUCCAAACCAAACAAGCGAACAAACACUAAACUGUGAAAGACAACAAGACCCCAACACGCCAACAACCCAGCAAUGGCUUCAGGUAGCAGAGGCAACAACAACAACAAAAACAGCAGCAACCAAUUAGCUCAGUCCUCGAACACAACGAGCAACAUGAAGCUCCACAACGCCGAGUCCUCCAUACCCAGAGCCAUUGAACAGUACACCGUCGACGCUCGGCUUCACGCCGUAUUCGAACAGUCCGGCGAGUCAGGCAAGUCCUUCGACUACUCUCAGUCCGUUAAAACCACCACACAGUCGGUACCCGAGCAACAAAUCACAGCCUACUUGUCCAGAAUCCAAAGGGGUGGCCAUAUCCAACCCUUUGGCUGCAUGAUUGCCGUGGACGAAGGCACUUGUCGCGUUAUCGCUUACAGCGAAAACGCACGCGAGAUGCUCGGUCUCUUGCCUCAGUCAGUCCCGAGUCUCGAGAGGCCCGAGAUUUUGACAAUUGGGAUUGAUGUGAGGACGCUCUUUACGCCCUCGAGCUCGGUUCUGCUCGAGAAGGCUUUUGGAGCUAGGGAAAUCACGUUGUUGAACCCGGUUUGGAUUCAUUCCAAGAAUUCCGGGAACCCCUUUUACGCGAUUUUGCAUAGGAUAGAUGUGGGGAUUGUGAUUGAUUUGGAGCCUGCGAGGACAGAGGACCCUGCUCUGUCUAUUGCCGGGGCGGUGCAGUCACAGAAGCUAGCUGUGCGGGCGAUUUCCCAGCUGCAGUCGCUUCCCGGUGGGGAUAUCAAGCUCUUGUGUGAUACUGUGGUCGAGAGUGUGAAAGAGCUUACUGGGUAUGAUAGGGUUAUGGUUUAUAAGUUUCAUGAGGAUGAGCAUGGUGAGGUUGUGGCCGAGAGCAAGAGGCUGGAUUUGGAGCCGUACAUUGGGUUGCAUUAUCCGGCCACAGAUAUUCCUCAGGCUUCGAGGUUUUUGUUUAAGCAGAACAGGGUUAGGAUGAUUGUGGAUUGCCAUGCCACGUCAGUUCGGGUGAUUCAGGAUGAAGGGCUUAUGCAGCCUUUGUGCUUGGUUGGCUCCACACUUCGUGCUCCCCAUGGUUGUCAUGCUCAGUAUAUGGCCAAUAUGGGCUCAAAUGCCUCAUUAGCAAUGGCAGUUAUUAUCAAUGGGAACGAUGAGGAAGCUGUUGGUGGGCGGAGUGCAAUGAGGUUGUGGGGCUUGGUUGUUUGCCACCACACUUCUGCUCGAUGCAUUCCCUUCCCUCUCCGCUAUGCUUGUGAGUUCUUGAUGCAGGCGUUUGGACUCCAAUUGAAUAUGGAGUUGCAAUUGGCUUCGCAAUUGUUGGAGAAACAUGUUUUAAGGACGCAGACUCUCUUGUGCGAUAUGCUUCUUCGUGACUCGCCUCCUGGAAUUGUUACUCAAAGUCCUAGCAUAAUGGACCUUGUCAAGUGUGAUGGGGCAGCCCUCUACUAUCAGGGGAAGUACUAUCCACUGGGUGUCACCCCUACAGAGGCGCAGAUAAAGGACAUAGUGGAGUGGUUGUUGGCCUUCCAUGGAGACUCCACAGGUUUAAGCACAGACAGUUUGGGUGAUGCUGGGUACCCUGGAGCAGCCUUGCUCGGAGAUGCUGUUUGCGGGAUGGCUGUUGCUUAUAUAACUAAAAGGGAUUUUCUAUUCUGGUUCCGAUCCCACACUGCAAAAGAGAUCAAAUGGGGUGGUGCCAAGCAUCACCCAAAGGACAAGGAUGAUGGGCAGAGGAUGCAUCCACGUUCUUCGUUCAAGGCAUUUUUGGAAGUGGUAAAAAGCCGCAGCUUGCCAUGGGAGAAUGCAGAAAUGGACGCUAUCCACUCUUUGCAGCUUAUUCUGCGUGACUCAUUUAGGGAUGCUGAGGCAAGCAAUUCUAAGGCUGUUAUAAAUGCCCAGCUUGGGGACAUGGAAUUGCAAGGGAUGGAUGAGCUCAGCUCAGUUGCGAGAGAAAUGGUCAGGUUGAUAGAGACUGCAACUGCUCCUAUAUUUGCUGUUGACGUUGAUGGCUGUAUAAAUGGGUGGAAUGCGAAGGUUGCAGAGUUGACUGGGCUCUCUGUAGAUGAAGCUAUGGGGAAGUCCUUGGUUCAUGAUCUUGUUUAUAAAGAAUCUGAAGAAAUAGUAGACAAGCUUCUUUAUCACGCUUUGGGAGGUGAAGAAGAUAAGAAUGUAGAGAUAAAACUGAAGACCUUUGGCCCUGAGAAUCCUAAGAAUGCUGUAUAUGUGGUGGUCAAUGCUUGCUCCAGCAAGGAUUACAUGAAUAAUAUAGUUGGAGUUUGUUUUGUUGGUCAGGAUGUUACCGGUCAGAAAGUGGUGAUGGACAAGUUCAUCCACAUACAAGGUGAUUACAAGGCUAUUGUUCACAGUCCCAAUCCUUUGAUCCCUCCCAUAUUUGCUUCAGAUGAGAACACUUGUUGCUCAGAGUGGAACACUGCCACCGAAAAGCUCACUGGGUGGGCCCGAGGGGACAUCAUGGGAAAAAUGUUGGUUGGAGAGGUUUUUGGCAGUUGCUGUCGGCUGAAGGGUCCAGAUGCUUUGACAAAAUUCAUGAUUGUCUUGCACAAUGCAAUUGGAGGGCAGGACACAGACAAGUUCUCAUUUUCCUUCUUUGAUCGGAAUGGGAAAUACGUACAAGCUCUCUUGACAGCAAACAAGAGGGUAAAUAUGGAUGGCCAGAUUAUUGGUGCCUUCUGCUUCUUGCAGAUUGCUAGUCCUGAGCUGCAGCAAGCUCUGAAAGUUCAGCGGCAACAAGAGAAGAAAUGUUUUUCAAGAAUGAAAGAGUUGGCUUACAUUUGCCAGGAAAUAAAGAAUCCUUUGAAUGGUAUUCGUUUUACUAACUCGCUUUUGGAGGCUACGGAAUUGACCGAAGAUCAAAAGCAGUUCCUUGAGACUAGUGCUGCCUGUGAGAAGCAGAUGUUGAAGAUUAUAAAGGAUGUUGAUCUUGAGAGCGUUGAAGAUGGAAUAAGUUCAUUGGAGCUUGAGAAUGUAGAAUUCUUACUUGGGAGUGUCAUAAAUGCUGUUGUUAGCCAAGUAAUGAUAUUGCUGAGGGAAAGAAAUUUACAAUUGAUUCGGGAUAUUCCAGAAGAAAUCAAAUCAUUGGCUGCUUGUGGUGAUCAAGUAAGAAUUCAACAGGUGCUUGCCGAUUUCUUGUUAAAUAUGGUGCGUUAUGCACCAUCUCCAGAAGGUUGGGUAGAGAUUCAUGUUCGUCCAAGCUUGAAGCAAAAUUCUGAUGGAAUCACACUUUUGCACACAGAAUUCAGGAUGGUAUGCCCUGGUGAAGGUCUCCCUCCUGAAUUGGUUCAGGACAUGUUCCAUGGCAGCCGAUGGACGACUCAGGAAGGCCUGGGGCUGAGCAUGUGCAGGAAAAUUCUAAAGCGCAUGAAUGGUGAAGUCCAAUAUAUCAGAGAGUCAGAAAGAUGUUAUUUCUUAGUUGUUAUUGAACUUCCCAUGCCUCGGACAGACUCAAAGACUGUUGACUAGGUUGUCAGGAUCAUUAGAGAGGCCCAAAACUUGAAAGCUUUCUCAGAUACUUCUUCUUCUGGCAUAUACCCUUUUUGAUGGCUCGCAUAAACCAGCACUUAGGAGGCUUACACUUGCAGCAAAGCCACUUGAUCCAGUUGAUUGGUAUUCAAUAAAAGAUUGAGAGCAUUUAGAAUGUUAGAUCCACCUUGCUGUUGGGCAAAAGGAUCAGCAACCUACUAAUAUAAGGCAAGUGGGUGCCAUUUGAGAUUGUUAUUGAAGAUUUUCACUGAUCAUGAGAAGCAGUUGCCGUUGUGGACUUGGUUGGAUUGACUCGCAUAUUUCUCCUUCCAUAAGCAUGUGUUGUACUUAUUGUUUGUACUAUAUACAUAUAAAUAUAUGUAUUCGAGUUCCCAAAAUAAAUGUAAAAUAUUAUCCUCUGCUUCAGGCGGCAAUUGUUCUGUGUAAUAAAGCCAAUAGUCGUGUUAUAAUUGUUGAGUUU